UCUGAUUGACAUGAUCGUCGGUGGACAUUCACACUCCUUCCUGUACUCGAAUGACACCGGUGCACCAUAUGAUGCUAAAACCGACGUUAUCGAGGGUGAAUAUCCGUUGAUCGUGAAGAGCACUGUUAAUUCGAAGCAGAUCCCAAUUGUUCAAGCUAAGGCUUUCGGGAAAUAUGUCGGCCGCAUCACAGUCUAUUUCGAUAGAUUCGGGGAAAUCAAGUAUUGGGAGGGAGCUCCAGUCUAUGUCAACAAUUCUGUUCAGCCCGACGCUAGAAUUGUAGAGGACAUGCAACCUUGGCGUACAAAGCUAUGGACAAUGGGCUCAACUAUUGUAGGAGAGACCCGUGUCCGUUUGAAUCGGGAUAGUUGUCGAAACUUGGAAUGCUCCUUGGGAGAUGUCGCAGCCGAUGCCUAUGCUUUGCAGUGGACAAAUGCUACCUUCAGACCGCUGGCGAUAAUUCAAGCAGGAAAUUUCCGGAAUCCGAUUCCAAUAGGACAAAUCACCAAUGGACAAAUUAUUGAAGCCUCACCGUACGGAUCAACUGUUGAUUUGAUUAGAAUCAGCGGACAAGACAUUUGGAACUCUGCUGAACAUUCCUUCACAUGGGACAUAGAAAACCGAACUAACUGCCUACAGGUAUCUGGACUGCGGAUUAAAAUCGACUUGACGAAACCUUUCUACAAGCGGGUUGUAUCCAUCGAUGUCAGGGAUUCUGCUCAACCGAACCAAGAUGUGUAUAGCCCUCUGGACCUUACGGCCAGCUAUUACGUUGCAGUUCCUUCAUAUUUAGCUGACGGAAAAGAUGGCUUCGCAUGGAUGAAAAAUGCAACCAGUCGUUUGGCGGGUCCUAUUGAUACAGAUUCAAUUACAAAUUACGUCGCAAGCGUUAAGAUAAUCGAUAAUUUGAAAACAGGUAGGGUGCGAGUCUGUACAGUAAAUUGGAACUGUUCCACCGAUCAACCCCUUCCAUUGAACGAAGAUGGAACUCCGAUAAAAGUUUAAAAAUGGACAUCAAUAAAACGAGACGUUUGGCGGAAAAUGUGUACUGAAGUUUUAU